AUGUCAGCUUCAUCAACAUCAUCGUCGACGGCCUGCUCACAAGAAGACGUCGCAGACCCUCCCAGGAAGAACAGUGACGACGUCGCCGGAGAGUCAACGUUGAAGAAGCGAAUGCAGCAGUAUGGAGCUGUUGGUGCUUAUGCCAAUUCAACGAUUUCAACGCUAGACAGGAGCCAGUACCAAUGUCUCCCACUGAAUGGAACUCGUCGAGUCACCGUUCAAUUUGGUCGUAUGAAAAUUGUGGUGCCUUGGAAAGAAUCUGAUCAAACAGUGGGACAAUUAGCCGAAGCGGCGCUGAUCCGGUACAAAAAAGCAAAAGGAUUAACAGCUAACGAACGAAUUCGAGUACUUCGUCUGGAAUGCGAAUCAGAUCAUGGAGUGCUGGAUAUGGAUGAUGUGUUGGAAGAAGUUUUUGAUUUGUAUAAUGAUCAGAUACUAGCAAUAACCGAUGAAGCAAAUGGAGGGUCCACGACUCCGACAUAUUCGCAAAUCCAGAAACAACAACAUCAUUAUGCACAACCACUUCCGUAUUCUAGAAAAAUAAUGGAAGGACCGCCUACUCCAAUAGCCAGUGCAUUUGGUAGUGUGACUGUGAACCAUCAAGCUCCUCACCGAUCCGCUUCUCCUUACAACGUAGGAUUUGCUCGAGGAAGCCCUCCAAAAGAUCGUCGAGACUCGGUUGUCGAAGUGAGUGGAUUCGAGAAACUACCUCAAUCAGGACUCCGAGUGUCAGUGUCCACACCAACUGGCAAAUCACUCAACGAACCGAUUCUCCGGUCUUCAUUGAGAACAGAAACGUCUGGAAGUAGAGCUGACGAUACGCCAGUGAAGCAGUCGAGAGUGACACUGAGCCCAGAAGUUGAGAAGAAACUUGCCGAGCAAGAAGGAGCUGAGAGAAGGAGUGAACGGAAAAAGUAUGAGAAGAAUCCGGGACGAUUCAAUAGAGGCUCUGAUCGGAAGUCGAGAAUCACUGAUGCACAUUUGGAGGCUAGAGAUCGAAUUGCGGAUCAUCUGGAGAGUCAAGUAGACGAAAAGAGCAAUCCAUCUUCAAGAGCAACGAUAGAACAGGGUCCUUUACCUGGAACUACACUUGUGACAUUUCCAUCACCAGCCGGAGAAAUGGGUAUUGAAGUGAACGCGGUUUUCGACGAAUCUCCAGAUAUGCCUAGUACAUCAAAACCUUCGAAAUUGAGUUCUGUUCAAGUGAUGAAGAUUGAAGACGGUGGGCGAGUUGGAAAAGACGGACGUAUUCGAGUUGGUGAUUUGAUUGUGGCAAUCGAUGGGAAGAGUGUGGAUCAAAUGUCGAUAAUUAGAGCUCGUACUUCGAUUUCGGAGUUGGCGAAUCUCAAUCGACCAGUUACUCUUGUUAUCAAUCGUUCUUUAGACUCUUUCUUGGAUCAAGAAUCUGCGAAGCCCAUUCAAUCGGCUCUGCAACAAGCUAACACUCAAUACAUAGGACAUACAACUGUUGUUGAAUUGGUUAAAAGUGCCAAAGGAUUCGGUUUCACGGUCACUGGUCGACAAACUGCGAAGAAUGAAAGUUUAUUCUACAUAGGAACAGUUAAGCCGUAUGGAGUUGCUCUUGGUCAUUUGAAAUCUGGUGAUCGCCUUCUCGAAAUCAACGGAGUGUCCACAGGACAAUUCACACAAUCUGAAAUUGUUGAUAAGCUGAAAGAGACAAUGGUUGGUGAAAAAAUCAAAUUCUUGGUGUCAAGAGUGUCUCAAACGAAUAAUGCGACGAUGAAUUCUUCGAUGUCAUCUGAAAAUAAGGAGAACGAGGGAACUCCAAAAGUGGAAGAAGAGAAGAAGAGUGAGAUUCCACCUCCUCCACAGAAACUUCCACUACCGGCUUUGAUGACACCUUCAGUACCAAAAGAAACUCCUACGAUUUCUCCGUCUUCUCAUCAACGCUUCGAGAUUGUGAUUCCAUUCAUCAAUGGAUCUAGUUCUGCUGGAUUGGGAGUGAGUUUGAAGGCCAGAGUUUCCAAAAAGUCGAAUGGAUCCAAAGUGGAUUGUGGAAUCUUCAUCAAGAAUGUGAUGCAUGGCGGAGCUGCGUUCAAGGAAGGAGGUCUUCGAGUUGAUGAUCGGAUUAUUGGAGUGGAAGAUAUCAACUUCGAAUCUCUCAACAACAUAGAAGCUCAAGCAGCAUUGUCCAAGAAACUGAAGGAGGUGUCAAUGGUCCGGUCUAGUGUGACAUUGGUGAUUCUUCGAGAUAACGACUAUCUCCCUGGACACAUCACACGGGAUUUGUCGAGAAUCACCGUCGAUGCCUCUUCUCCAUCUCCGUCGUCAAGGAUGUCUUCUCACACGGCUCCGGAUUCGCUUCUCCAGUCGCCGCACCCUCGAGGAACGUCUUCGAGUGGAGCUGAUUCUUCUCACUCGAGGCAGUCAUCCUCGUCGUCAGCUCCAGCUCCAGUGAGGGCGCCGACGGAGCGGGACUCGAUAGUCUCGGAUUCGACUCGCCACGACGAGUCUGAACUCCCGGACAACGAUCCGUUCAAUCGGGAAGCUCCUGGACGGAAGAGUCUAAGUGAGAAGAGAGGAUUGGGAGCAGCUGCUGAUCCACAGCACAUCAAGCUGUUCCAGGAGAUCAAGCACCAGAGGCAGAAUAGUGCUCCCACCUCGUCCACUCAGAAGAGGAGCAAGUCUCAGCCCCGCUCCCUCUCGCAGCGGAACCAUCGGAGUCCGAUGAAGCUGGUCGACCUGCCGACCGCUCUAGCUCAAGCGGCAGCGGCAGAUCAACAGCUGGAUGAUUCUGACAUGUUGAACCGACGAUCGCAGAGUAUGGAGAGUAUCAACAGACCAGUGGAGAGUAUUCUCCGAGGAACUGGUCAGAUCCACUCUGCAUCCAAAGUGCAAUUUGCCACGAAGCCGGGCGACCAGCAGCAUCCGUUCCCACCUGGAGCCGCUCUUCUUCGAUUGAAAAAUGAGGAGAGUCGCUCGAGAGACAAGUCGAGAAGGAAGAGUAUGGGAAACCCUUUCAGUGCGAUGAGAAACUUCUUUGGAUUCGGAAGCAAGUCAAGAGAUGCCUCCCCUGAGAAGUCUGUGGAGCUGAGAUCCGUAGAAAGGCCAAAGUCGAUUGGAGACGAAAGAAAGGAACCAGUUCCACCUCCACCACCACCACAUGGAGCAAGACGAGGAAGUGGCGGAAACGUUUUUGUGGACUAUGGAGAACCGUAUGGCCUGAUUCCACAGUACCCACAUAAUACGACUUCCGGAUAUGAGUCGUACGCCGACUCUGAGCUCUACGACCGGUAUGCAGCCCAUCGCUAUUAUCCGCGCGGGGGACUCGACGAAGACGACUACAUCUUCCGGCAACAGAGCGGUUCCUCGAUUGGCCCAUCGUCCUAUGUCAACUAUGGACUACCAGCAUCUCAUGCGUACCAUGUCGAUGCCAGAGUACCAUCCAAAGCCAGCGGAAGUGUCUCGAAAACCGCGAUGGGUCGUGUCUAUCCCGCCGACUAUCCCGACGACGAAUCCAACUAUCAGCACGUCGCCCAGGGUUCCCGUCGCCAAAAGGACAGCGCUGGGAGGGGCGCCGACAACUACCACCACAUGUUCAACUCGUGGUUCGCGUACACUGGCGGCGGGGCAGUCGGUGCCGCACCUGUCAUCAAGUCGGCCUAUGGAUCUUCACCGGUCAGGAUCGCAGCAGCGUCGGCCAUCGAACGAGGCGAAUCGUUCGUCGUCGAGUCCGGUGGUAGUGCGUCGGCCGCGCCCAUUGACCGUCGGGGAAGAAGCACUUCUGGCGGAGCCAUUGCACCGGGACCAUCCGGUUUCCAUUCCACGAAGGAGAAGUAUGCGGAUGCUCGAUAUGGGAAGUUCAACGGUGGCUCGACCCGACUCUUUAUUCCUCGACACGGAGGCGGGCUCAGCGCAGCGGCGUUUGCCACCAACUUCGGCGGUUCUGAAGGAUACGAAACGCGUGGAGGAUCCAGCUCGCCGAGUCAAUACCGCCGUCGAGACCAGGGACCGUCUCAUCGUUUUCCCCAGUACUAG